AUGCAGCUUUCAGAAAAGAUUCAACUGCCAUGCGGUCUCGAGCUUCCAAACAGGCUUGCAAAAGCUGCAAUGGCGGAAAAUAUGUCCACUGAUCACAAUCCUAGCAAAGGGUUUUCUUCAGCUUAUGGGGAAUGGGCCGAUGGUGGAUGGGGAUUGGUCAUAACAGGCAACGUCCAAGUCUCAACCAUCUUUCACGGAUCGCCAGGCGACGUGGAGACAUCUUUACACGGUCAAACUCCCGAGCAAAAAGCCCAGUGGAAGAAUUGGGCAGCUGUUUGUCAACGGUCAGGAACUCCUACUGUCAUUCAGCUCUGCCACCCAGGACGUCAAUCACCCUUGGGAGCUGGGUCUAGUGGACUCUUCCAAAAGAACAUCGCGCCAUCCCCAGUAAAGCUGAAUCUGGGAGAAUCCAUAAUUGCAAAGACAGCUGUGUCUUUACUUUUCGGUACACCACGAGAAAUGACAAUCGAUGAGAUAACCGGUCCUGAAGGGAUCAUUGCACAAUUUGUGGAAGGCUCGAAGCAGUGUUAUGAGGCCGGAUUCAAAGGCGUCGAGCUGCAUGCAAGUCAUGGAUAUCUUCUUGCGCAGUUCAUGUCCUCAACAACAAAUUACCGAACAGACGAAUUCGGAGGAUCAGCCGCCAAGCGAGUUGAAGUCGUUCUCCGCAUCAUCCGAGAGGUUCGCAAGCAAACGAGUCCAGAAUUUUGCAUCGGCAUCAAGCUCAACAGCGUUGACGCUGCUUCAUCAGAAUCCCCAGAAGAAGUCAUGGAGCAAAUCAGGUUGAUUAACGAGGUCGGAGUCGACUUCAUGGAGAUUUCAGGAGGCACCUAUGAGAACCCCCGAAUGAUGCAAGGAGACUCUCAUGAUACCGAGAAACCUGCCACCAGCGAGCCAAAAACUAAACAAAGCACUCUCCUACGGGAAGCUUUCUUUCUACAAUUUGCCCAAGAAGUUCGAGAACGCUUUCCCAAGGCCAUUCUCAUGGUAACUGGAGGUUUCCGGACCCGCGUCGGCAUGGAAGCAGCACUGAAGAGCGGUGGAUGCGAUCUCAUCGGACUGGCCCGUCCUGCGGCAGUACUCCCCAAGUUGCCGAAGGAGAUUAUCCUGAAUGAAAAAGUCUCGGACGAGGAUGCACGUGUGGUGCUUGGCCCCAUACCAGUACCUAGAUGGAUCAAAUGGAUCCCUAUCAAGGCCUUGGGCGGCGGCCUCCAGUCCAAAUACUACGCCGAUCAGAUUCAGCGUCUCGCGAAAGGGCUGUUGCCUAUCGAUUCGAGGGUUUAA